UGCUGAGUGACUGUGUUUUGGGAAUGUUUUGGAAUGUAAAGGGUUGCACAAUAAUGUAAUGGGUAAAAAGCAACAUUUUGGCAAACAGUGCCUUUUUCUCCACCAUGAAGUUACUAUUCCGUUAGUCAGCGCCUCUCAAACAUGUUUGGAGGUUUGUCAACUUUUCUUUGGAAUGCAGAGGGAAAAUGUCGGAGCAGCAGGGUGCACCGGAGCAGCUAGCAGCUGGAAAGAGCCAAGGAGGGGCAGGAGCCACCUACAAGGUGGUGGUGUUUGAGUUUGAGAACUUCUGUGGGAAGAAAGUGGAGCUGUCUGCAGAGUGUAAGAAUGUGAUCGAGAAGGGAUGUGAGAAGGUGGGAUCUGUCAUCGUGGAAUCAGGACCCUGGGUGGCAUUUGAGCGCCAGGCAUUCGGCGGGGAGCAGUUUGUGCUGGAGAAGGGCGAGUAUCCUCGUUGGAGCACCUGGACCAACAGCCAGACUAACAACUACCUGCUGUCCCUCAGGCCACUCAGAGUGGACAGUGCGGAUCACAAACUCCACCUGUUCGAGAACCCAGGCUUCGCCGGGAGGAAGAUGGAGAUUGUGGAUGACGACAUCCCCAGCCUGUGGGUCCAUGGCUUUCAGGACCGCGUGGCCAGCAUCAAGGCUAUGAACGGAGCGUGGGUGGGCUACAUGUUCCCAGGCUACAGGGGCCACCAGUACAUCUUUGAGCAUGGAGACUACAAGCACUGGAACGACUGGGGAGCAUCGGCGCCUCAGAUCCAGUCCGUCCGACGCGUGCGUGACAUGCAGUGGCACAAGAGAGGCUGCUUCAUCGCCCCCACCCCCACCCCCACUCCCGCCCCCAACCCCAACCCCACACCCCCACCCCCUGCCCCCCCUGCCGCCGCUGGCACUAGCUGAAAGAGAGUGGCUGUGACCCCAGGCCCCCUAAGAAGCCAACUCCGGGCCUCCCAUCCAUCCAGGGCUCCACCGAGUCUCACCUCCUCGUCACAGAGGGCCACCAAGAAACGACGAACUCGGAAGUGAAG